AUGUCUUCCCAGCGCGGUGUCAUACCCUCACUCGAGACGGUGAGGAGCAUCGUCGACGCUCCGGCACCAUCCUCCGGCAAGAAGCCCAACCUCAUUCCUGUCUACCGUCAGAUCACCUCCGACCUCAUUACCCCGUCAGCUGCCUACUUGAAGGUGUCGGCCCACAACCCCGACUCGGACUACUCAUUUCUCUUCGAAAGCGCCGCCACUGAGCGUGUGGGUCGAUACAGCUUCGUCGGUGCUGGGCCACGAAAGGUCCUCGCCACAGGUCCUGGCUUUGGUCCAGAAUGCGAUCCAUUGCCAGCCCUCGAGGCUGAGCUUGCCCAGUAUACUGUCGCCCAUGUUCCAGGCUUGCAGCUUCCGCCUAUGACCGGCGGUGCCAUUGGGUAUGCGUCAUAUGAUCUCGUCCGAUACUUUGAGCCCAAGACGGCGCGGACAAUGAAGGAUGUUCUCCAAAUCCCCGAGAGCUUGUUCAUGCUGUUCGACACGAUUGUGGCUUUUGAUCGCUUCUAUGGCAUCAUCAAGGUCAUCACAUUUUUGCAUGUUCCCGAAGAUCCCACCCAAAUCGAGGCCGUGUACGAAGCCGGCAAGAACACCAUCGAGGAGCUCGUCGCGGUCCUCAACGCUCCCGAUAUUCCGCUUCCCGAGCAGGGCCCCAUCAAACUGGGCCACGAAUACACCUCCAACAUUGGCCAGGCCGGCUACGAGGGCCACGUCCGCGCCCUCAAGAAGCAUAUCGUCAAGGGCGACAUUAUCCAGGCCGUGCCCUCCCAUCGCCUCGCGCGCCCGACGUCACUGCACCCCUUCAACAUAUAUCGCCACCUGCGCACCGUCAACCCGUCGCCCUACCUGUUCUACAUCAACUGCCGCGACUUCCAGAUCGUCGGCGCCUCGCCGGAGCUGCUCGUCAAGUCGGAGAACGGCCGCGUCAUCACGCACCCCAUCGCCGGCACCGUCAAGCGCGGGCGCACGCCCGAGGAGGACGAGCGCCUCGCCGACGAGCUGCGCAGCUCGCUCAAGGACCGCGCCGAGCACGUCAUGCUCGUCGACCUCGCGCGCAACGACGUCAACCGCGUCGGCGACCCGCGCACCGUCAAGGUCGACCACCUCAUGGUUGUCGAAAAGUUCAGCCACGUCCAGCACCUUGUCAGCCAGGUCUCGGGCGUGCUGCGCCCGGACCAGACCCGAUUCGACGCCUUCCGCAGCAUCUUCCCUGCCGGCACCGUCAGCGGCGCCCCCAAGGUGCGCGCCAUGGAGCUCAUUGCCGAGCUCGAGGGCGAGAAGCGCGGCGUCUACGCCGGCGCCGUUGGCUACUUUGGCUACGGCGGCCUUGACGACAAGGGCGACGACGUCGAGGGCGCCAUGGACACGUGCAUUGCGUUGAGGACCAUGACGGUCAAGGACGGCGUGGCGUACCUGCAAGCCGGCGGCGGCAUCGUCUUUGACUCAGACGAGACGGACGAGUGGAUUGAGACGAUGAACAAGCUCGGCGCGAAUAUCAACUGUGUCACUACAGCUGAGGAGCUAUACUAUGAGCAGCAGCAGGAGGAGGCUAGCAAGGCGUAG